GUUAGAUUGGUGCAUACAUACAUGUGGUUUUCAUACUUUAAUCUCAAUACUCACCUAUCAAGUUAAGCGUAUGUUCCAUUACUAGACAGAUAACCAUGCAUCUAAACCAUAAGCUCCCAUGGAAUACAGUCUCUUCGCAUUUCACCUUCAUCAAAGAAAAUCCAUGCAAGAACCGCGAGACGGAUUUUAUCAUCCAUGAUCGAUUUAUUGAUCGGCAAUCUGCCGAGCUGAACUACUUUACGCGUACUCUUAUCUCUACUAUUGAGGAGUUCGCAACCACCGAGCGAACCAAGUACCCACCAGCUACCGAACUGCCAACAUCCGGGCCUCUCUUCGACACGUCUCUUCUAACCGCCGUCGAACAAAAGUACCAUCUCGAACCACACAGGACCAACUCAGCCGUAUCCAACCCGCUGUGCGAGAAGUUCCAGAGUGUGGACUACUGGAGCAGCGAGGCCCCAUACAACACAUCCGACGGUGAGCUAGCCGAUGCGGUGAAAAUGCUCCUGAUCUCGAACCAAAUGCUCGCUCUACUACGUCUAGCAAACCAUGACAAAAUCCCGCUGGAAACACUAGACCACCUAACCUGGGGCCACAGCUUCGGGUUCAAUCAUGUGGCGGACGUGGCUCUUCAAGCUUACCUGCUAUUGAAUAUUGCGGCAGCCGUGAAGGCCAAUGCGAAACCUGGCUCUGCAAAUGACACCGUCCGUCUAACGGAUACCCAGUGGUUUAGGUCGUUUACAAACUGGGCAUUGGGUGAUUUUGACUACUCUGCGCAGAAUAUCCCGCACCGGUUUUUUUGGAAUACGAGGGAGAUUACUGCUGCACAGUGCUCGUCGUGGGAUCCGUUGAGCCUUGGGACGAGGGAGGAAAGGGAGGAGAUGAAGGUGUAUCUAAAGGUGUGCUUUGAGCUCUUGUAUCGUUAUGAUCUUUUGAUGAGGGAGUUAAAGAGAGAUCCAGGGUGGACGGGGAGAAUACUGGGGAUCCUGCGACUGUGGGGGGCUCGAUCUGUUACUAUGGAUGAGUCGGGGUUCUGUUUUACUUGAUCUCAAAUCUGUUCUUUAGGCGCAUAUUUGGAUAUAGUGUUCAGGGACAAAGUGGGCAAAAAAGUGGGCAAAUGAGAAACGCGAUGGUAGCACAGUUAAAGUGCCGAGGAUCUCUUGCUUUCACAUCCGGGGAUGUGAAGGAUGCUACAACUCGGAGACUUUGGUCGUUGCUAGGCCUUCAAGUCAGACGAUGACAGAUACCCUACUUGAUUGGAGAUGUCAGGUUGAAAG